GUUUUUAAUUUUUUGACCCUGGGAACCAACUUUGGAAGUUCACCCCGGAGUCUGCGUUCCAGUCCCAGCUCCCAGCCAGCCGGGCCCGGUCCCUCGAGUCACCAUGGGAAGCAAAGGUGCCUUCCGGUACCAUUGGCAGAGUCACAAUGUCAAACACAGCGGUGUGGACGACAUGGUCCUCCUGUCGAAGAUCACCGAGAGCUCCAUCGUGGAGAACCUGAAGAAGCGAUACAUGGACGAUUACAUCUUCACCUACAUAGGGUCUGUGCUAAUCUCAGUCAACCCUUUUAAGCAGAUGCCAUACUUCGGAGAGAAGGAGAUUGAAAUGUACCAAGGAGCGGCCCAGUAUGAAAACCCACCUCAUAUCUACGCCCUGGCGGACAGUAUGUACAGAAAUAUGAUCAUCGACAGAGAGAACCAGUGUGUCAUAAUCAGUGGAGAGAGCGGUGCCGGGAAGACAGUGGCUGCCAAAUACAUCAUGAGCUACGUCUCCAGGGUGUCUGGAGGGGGCCCCAAGGUCCAGCACGUGAAGGACAUCAUCUUGCAGUCCAAUCCACUGCUCGAGGCCUUUGGAAACGCCAAGACAGUCCGAAACAACAACUCCAGCCGCUUUGGGAAAUACUUUGAAAUCCAGUUCAGCCCAGGUGGGGAACCAGAUGGCGGAAAGAUCUCCAACUUCCUUCUAGAAAAAUCCAGAGUGGUCAUGAGGAACCCUGGCGAGAGAAGUUUCCACAUCUUUUACCAGCACGCCAUGAACGUCAUCGGCAUCUUUGCAGAAGAGCAGACGCUGGUGCUACAGAUCGUGGCUGGCAUCCUCCACCUGGGGAAUAUCAGCUUUAAAGAAGUGGGGAACUAUGCGGCGGUGGAGAGUGAAGAAUUUCUGGCUUUUCCGGCUUACCUGCUGGGGAUUAACCAGGAGCGGCUGAAGGAGAAGCUGACUAGCCGGCAGAUGGACAGCAAGUGGGGCGGGAAGUCUGAGUCUAUCCACGUGACUCUCAACGUGGAGCAGGCCUGUUACACCCGGGACGCGCUCGCCAAGGCCCUUCACGCCCGCGUGUUUGAUUUCUUGGUGGAUUCCAUCAACAAAGCCAUGGAGAAGGACCACGAAGAAUAUAACAUAGGCGUCCUGGACAUCUAUGGCUUUGAAAUAUUCCAGAAAAAUGGCUUCGAACAGUUUUGCAUCAAUUUUGUGAACGAGAAGCUCCAGCAGAUAUUUAUUGAGCUGACAUUAAAAGCAGAACAGGAAGAGUAUGUUCAAGAAGGAAUACGGUGGACACCCAUCGAAUACUUCAAUAAUAAAAUUGUGUGCGACCUCAUAGAGAAUAAAGUGAACCCUCCAGGUAUCAUGAGUAUCCUGGAUGAUGUGUGCGCAACCAUGCAUGCUGUGGGUGAAGGAGCCGAUCAGACACUGCUCCAGAAGCUCCAGAUGCAGAUUGGGAGCCACGAACACUUCAACAGCUGGAACCAAGGCUUCAUUAUUCAUCACUACGCUGGCAAGGUGUCCUACGACAUGGAUGGCUUCUGUGAACGGAACCGCGAUGUUCUCUUCAUGGAUCUGAUCGAACUCAUGCAGAGCAGUGAGCUGCCUUUUAUAAAGUCUUUAUUUCCUGAAAAUCUGCAAGCCGAUAAGAAAGGACGCCCAACAACGGCUGGAAGCAAAAUAAAGAAACAAGCCAACGACCUUGUCAGCACGCUGAUGAAAUGCACACCCCACUAUAUUCGCUGCAUAAAACCAAAUGAAACCAAGAAGCCCAAAGACUGGGAAGAGAGCAGGGUAAAACAUCAAGUAGAAUAUUUGGGUCUGAAAGAAAAUAUCCGCGUGAGAAGAGCUGGCUAUGCCUAUCGGCGUAUCUUCCAGAAAUUCCUGCAGAGGUACGCCAUCUUGACCAAAGCCACCUGGCCCACGUGGCGAGGAGACGAGAAGCAGGGCGUGCUCCACCUGCUGCAUUCAGUCAACAUGGACAGCGACCAGUUUCAGCUGGGGAAGAGCAAGGUGUUCAUCAAAGCCCCGGAGUCUUUAUUUCUUCUAGAAGAGAUGAGAGAGAGAAAGUAUGAUGGGUAUGCCCGGGUAAUACAGAAAUCCUGGAGAAAAUUCGUGGCCCGGAAGAAAUAUGUCCAAAUGAGGGAAGAAGCCUCAGACCUAUUGUUGAAUAAGAAGGAGAGGAGGAGAAACAGCAUUAACCGGAACUUCAUCGGGGACUACAUUGGAAUGGAGGAACACCCAGAGCUCCAGCAGUUUGUGGGCAAGCGAGAGAAGAUCGACUUUGCUGACACGGUCACCAAGUAUGACAGGCGGUUCAAGAGUGUCAAGCGAGACCUGCUCCUCACCCCCAAGUGCAUGUACUUGAUUGGACGAGAAAAGGUCAAGCAAGGCCCAGAUAAAGGCCUUGUGAAGGAGGUCCUGAAGCGGAAGAUCGAGAUGGAGCGAAUCCUGUCGGUGUCCCUCAGCACCAUGCAAGAUGACAUUUUUAUUCUCCAUGAGCAAGAAUACGACAGUUUGCUUGAAUCUGUCUUCAAAACUGAAUUCUUAAGCCUCUUAGCAAAGCGUUAUGAGGAGAAGACUCAGAAGCAGCUACCUCUCAAAUUCAGCAAUACGCUUGAAUUAAAGUUGAAAAAGGAGAACUGGGGUCCCUGGAGUGCGGGGGGCUCCCGGCAAGUGCAAUUCCACCAAGGCUUCGGCGACCUGGCCAUCCUGAAGCCCAGUAACAAAGUGCUGCAGGUCAGCAUCGGACCUGGGCUGCCCAAAAACUCCCGUCCUACCAGAAGGAACACCAUCCAGUGCCGAGGGCGUCCUGGCCGGACUCAGACCGCCAACUACCCAAUGAGGGCUGCGCCUCCUCCCCCGGGAUCUCACCAAAAUGGCAUCAUCAAAAACCAAUUUGUGCCACAACCCCACGCCCCUGGGAACCAAAGGUCCAAUCAGAGAAGCCUGUACACCUCCAUGGCCCGCCCACCUCUGCCCCGGCAGCAGUCCACAGGCUCAGACCGCGUGUCCCAGACGCUGGAGAGCCUGGAUUUCCUCAAGGUGCCAGACCAAGGUGCUGCUGGUGUUCGGAGACAGACGACCAGUCGGCCUACCCCAGCAGGGGGCAGACCCAAGCCCCAGCCCAAGCCCAAACCUCAGGUGCCCCAGUGCAAGGCUUUGUAUGCCUACGACGCUCAGGAUACGGAUGAGCUCAGCUUCAAUGCCAAUGACGUCAUUGACAUUAUCAAAGAAGAUCCAUCCGGCUGGUGGACCGGCCGACUGCGUGGCAAACAAGGCCUCUUCCCCAACAAUUACGUGACCAAGAUCUGAGGCACCCAGAGACUCCAGCAAGAGACAGAGGUGCUCCAGAUGCAGACUUGAGAGCAUUUGGUGGGGGACUCUCCCCACCCCAACUCUUCUGAUCCACAGUGAGCAAUUACUUACUUCUCCAAGGCCUGGAACCAUUCUACCACCUUCCCCUAAGAAGACAUGGAGAACUGUGGCUUCCGGACUAGGGAGCUGUCACUCGUAAGUGACCCAAAAGGAUUAAAAGCAGCCUGGUUGUAGGAACCAGCAGGGCAAAGCAGCACAAGGUUUCCUAAGAUUUAUUUAUUGUAUUUAAACCCGGUGAAUGGGAAGAGAGGGAAGGCUCUCCGACCAGUGCCUGGAGUUGAAGAGCACAUUUCUUUCCUCUUAUUUCUUUUCCCUCCCCUCCCACCCCCAAUAACAUUCCUAUCUGCAUCUUCCCUCAGGGAGGGCUGGGUGAGAAUGGACACUCACCACCUCAAGGUCAAGGGUAGGCUGGCUUACCUGUGCCAGGGGGCGGGGCUGGGAGCCUUGCGGUAUCUCUGGGUCUUCGAUUGGAAUUUGGCUGGCCCAUGUUGGUUUCUGUUUGUCUGUGUGUGUCAUGCUGUACUGCUAUUACAAGAAGGAUCUUUCUUUGCUCAAGCUGUACAUUUAUAAAAAGAUUAUACUGUAUGUGUGUGUAUAUAUAUAAAUAUAAGAAAAUCAGAUGAUAGAAAUGUGUAUGAAUGUAUUCAGUAUUCCACUGUACUCAUUCCCAAAGGUAAGGUUUCAUGCCAUAUCUCCCACCCAGGUACUUACUGAAACCCCCACUCCUUUCCAGCUCAGUCCCAACAGACCCUUUCCCUGGGAGGUCUUUCUUUUUUCCCUAGGACCACCCCCUACCUCCUAAAUGAAUAAAGAAAUCAA